AUGUCGCCGCUUUUUGCCCAGCUCCGCACUUUUCCGUCACGUUGGUAUGUGAAAUGGCUCACGGACGUUGGUACUCUACUGAAAGGGAUCGGGACCAUCCAGCUGCGCUGCGUCUUCAUGGCACACCCGCUUGCAUGUAUCUCCUCACUUCUCUCGCGUUGUGGCAUCGCUCUCCUCCUCCUGGUUGUCUCUUCGCUUGUGCGCACCCCCUCCUCGGACACUUGCUGGCACUUGCGAUGUGCGCUGCUUUGCUCCUCAAAGCCUCUGAUGUACACUCGCCACUCUGCUUCCUCCUUUCUUUCUCACACUGUUCACAAUCGCCCCAAUAAUCCCAACCACGCAUACGCACCUCUGUGCAUCAGUAUAUCUACUCCCUACACCUCUGAGAACGGAGAGGCCCACGUACUCCUCAUUCACGUGUUGCGCUGGGGUGUAGGCCCUUGCCCAUCCUCCCUAUACGUAGUGCUUCUCUUGUACCGUGGCAGGAGAAACAUGCAGACGGCCACUGCUCCUUUCAUCCUGCGCUCCUUGUACAAGGAUGCUCACAUUAGCGACAUGCAAAUCGCGCGUCCGAUCACAGAGCUGAUGAUCAACACGUUCGGUGCGCAUCUCACGAAUAAGUACGACACGCACAUCCCUGCCGUAGCCUCCUCCCUCUACACUCUCUUUUCAAUGUCCCGCGUGCAGACUCUCGGCCAGGAGUUCUGCGACCUGCUCCCCGUGGUGAAGGCCCAUCCUUGGCAGACGGUAGGACCAGCACGCGUGUUCCUGCUCGCUGUGCUGCAGCUUAUUGAGCCGACGGUGGUGUUCGUGUCGGCCCGCAAGUUCUUCCCUGACAUGUCCACAGCCGAUGUUGAGGAGGUGCUGAAGAAGGUGGUGCUCUGUGCGCUAUUCCUCUUUGAGCGUUUUGGCACUCUUCCUCAUCACAUUGUACGCAUUCGAUUCCUGAGCCUGAAGCCGUCGCGGGCCUUGCAGGACAGUGAUGGUGCCCCUGGCUCGUACGUGGUACUGGGCCUCGUGCUACUGGUGGAGCUGGUCGUGCGUCUUUGGCGAUACAACAAGGAGCGCACGUCUCGCGAGAGCAAGCGAUCGACCGAGGCAGCUGCCACCGCCAGCAGCGACGAGGACGCCGAGGACGCGCGGACUGGAAAGUGCAUGCUGUGCUUCAGCAAUCGCAGGUGCCCGACGGCGACCAACUGCGGCCACAUCUUCUGUUGGCGGUGCAUCGCUGAGUGGAUCCAGUCGAACCCACAGGAGGCGGUGUGCCCGUUCUGCCGCCAGCAUAUCACGACACAGUCGUUAGUGCCGCUGUACUUCUACGUCGCCAAGGAACCACCGCGUGUCGGGACUGCGAUGGAUGACGCCACCGCAUCUUCCAACAGCAGUGCAGCCCCCGUGUAA